CUUUGCUAUAAAAAGGCACUGGGCUGCUUCAAAGCUCUCAGUUUAGAAUUUGGAUCUUUGACAUCUGGAUUAAUUUGCUUUCCAGCAUUCCUGCUAUGAUCUCUACACAGCACCAGUUGUUCCCUAAAGUGGCUGAAGAAUUAACAGAAGAGGAAGAGGAAAAGGAAUAUGAGCUUGACUAUAGUGACAACUCUUCUGUAUUACCUGACUCAGGUCCACGUGUGUUUAAAAUAUUGCCAAAAUGGAUUCCAAAGGCCUCCUACUAUUUUGACAAAGAACAUUACUGUUAUGCUGGCCAUCAGAUCAUCAUUCAAGAAUCCAUUGAAUGCUUUGGAGCCGUAGUAUGGCCUGGUGCCCUUGCUUUAUGUCAGUACCUGGAAUCAAAUCAAGAGGAAAUUAACCUCAAAGAAAAGAAAGUCCUCGAAAUUGGAGCUGGGACAGGUCUAGUGUCUAUUGUGGCAAGUAUAUUAGGAGCUUUUGUUACUGCUACUGACUUGCCUGAGGUACUUGAAAACUUGGAGUUCAACAUUACUAGGAAUGUACGGAAUCUAGAUGUUCACAAGCCUGAAAUAAGGAAGCUUGUUUGGGGCGAGAAUCUCCCUGAAGACUUUCCCAAAACAACCCAUCAUUAUGAUUACAUCUUGGCUACUGAUGUUGUAUAUCAUCACACAGCGCUGGAUUCUCUGCUGGCUACAAUGCACUACUUAUGCCAGCCUGGGACAAUCCUGGUUUGGGGAAAUAAAUUUAGAUUCAGCACAGAUUAUGAAUUUUUGAACUCAGUCAGCAACAUAUUCAAUAUUACCCAGCUAGCAGAAUUUCCAGAGUCAAGUAUCAAAUUGUUCAAAGGCACAAUAAAAGAAUUAAACUGAGGAAGCAGUGCCAGAAUCCAGAUUAAGUAUAAAAGCUGAGAUGUUUACAGAAUACACUAAGAGUCUGAUUUUUGACUUUGAAGGCAGGAAAUUAACCCUUUAAAACAGGUAAUUAUUCAGACCUUUUCUCAAAGACAUGUUUUCUACAAAAGAAUAGACAGUAGGAAGUGCUUCACCUUUUGGUUAUGCUUUUCCCUCAGUUAUAGCCACGCCCAGCAUCUGACAUGUUCUGGCAUUCCUUCAUUGGUGUUGAAUAGAUAUUUACAAAUGAUAGGCUUGAAACUCUAUGGUUCUAGUCACAUUGUUCCUAGAAACACAAAGGAAAGGAGGACCACUUUUAUCCUACAAUAUGUCCUCAUAAAUCAAGACUGCUAAGGUGAAUUGGCUGUAACAUACCAGGAAAGAUAAGAAUUCACAGUUCUUAAGAUUAGAAUUUAAGGAUAUGUGAAAAUAUAGUCCUUUUACAGAGCUAUGUGGAGGAACUAAUCCUAAACAACAGGGUACUAUUUUUUUUUAGAAUAAAAUGAACUAAAAGCAAGCACUUAUUUAAGCAUAUCUUCACAAAUUUUAAAAAUCCUUUUUAAAGAUAUCAAAUUUUAAGCCACUGCUGAACUGUUAAAUUACUUCUCAGCAACUGGCAUACAGUUUGCUACAGUGGUAAAAAUAUCCAACAGCUUAUCUGGCCUCCAUAAAAUCACAUAUGUAUUGACUUUAUUCCUUCUAUUUGUUCCCAUGUAGUGUUUUCUCCAUUUGCUCUGAAAUCAUUAAAGUCAAAAUGUCUCCUUUAUGUUUCAUUGAAAAAUUAGAACAGAUCUCAAACUUGUUCAAUAUUUUAUUUUAACAAAAUUAAACCAUGAGUGCUCAAACUUUUGAUAUUGAAAUUUGCACAUUUAUUCUGCAGUUUUACAUUUUUCAAACAUUAUUAACAUGUAUGUAUAAGUUUUACAAUACCUGAUUAAGUGUUAACUGACACUUUAUACAUGUAUCAGUUUUUCCUGAUACUCUGUAUCAUGUGGAUAUUUGAGAGUACCUUCAAGUUGAAGAUAUUCAAGAGCACCUUUGCACCAGUAAUUCAGAACACAUUGUUAGUGACUGUGGAAGUUGUUAUUUUUUUAAAAAAAUUAAAAUGUAAACUCUUGCAAAUGA